AUGGCCUCGAACUCGAAACUCCUCGUCGUCAUCGGCGCCACCGGCACCCAAGGUGGCUCCGUCGUCGAGACAUUUCUCCAAGAGCCGGGAUGGACGAUCCGCGGGCUCACGCGGAACCCUGGCAGCGCAGCCGCCCAAGCCCUCCAAGCUCGCGGCGUGGAGAUGGUGGCGGCCGACGUCGACGACGUGGCGUCCUUGCUGGCCGCUUUCGCCGGCGCCCACACCAUCUUCAGCAUGACCGACUUCUGGACCGGGUUCUUCAACCCGGCCAACCAGGCCAAACUGGCUCCCGGCCAGACCUUGAUGGAAUGGGCCCAUGACUACGAGUUGCAGCAGGGCAAAAACAUCCUGGCCGCCGCCAAUCAGACGCCAGGCCUGCAGAGGCUGAUCUAUUCGGCGCUGUCGUACGCCUCUAAAUGGUCCCGGGGCAAGUAUACGCACGUCUACCAUUACGACGCCGAAGGAAGGGCGGUCGACUACGCGACAUCCCAUUAUCCCGAAUUGAUGGAGAAGACUAGCGUCAUCCAGAUCGGAAUGUAUCUCACAAAUACGCUGUGGAUGUCUCAUUAUCAGCCUAAAAAGGAUCAAAAUGGCGUCUACGUCUUCAGCAACAAAUUCCCCGCCAACUGCAAAGUGCCCCUGAUCGCGCCCCGCGACGACACCGGCCCAUUCGUCAAAGCCCUCGUCAGCCUGGACCCAGGCAAGAAUCUCCUGGCCUACCGCGAGACCCUAACCUUCGCCGAGUACGCCGACGUCUGGGGCCGCGUCCUCGGCGUCAAGACAAAGUAUGUCGCCCUCGGGCCCGACGAGCCAUGGGGAGCCUUACCGGACACCAUCAAGCUCGAUAUCGAGGAGGGCGUGGGGUAUUUUACCGAGUUUGGCGCCGACGGAGGGGAUCCGUCGGUGGUCCAUCCUAAGGAUCUCGGUGUCCCCAUCGACCUGGGUACGGUGGCCGACUGGAUUGGAAAACAGGACUGGAGUGCUGUCUUGUGA